GCUUUGACAAAUGUUUUAUUUUUUCAAACAACAUAGCCAAAAUUUUCAGACUCGUUUUGCUCACUUUCCAGUUGUAUUUCGAUGAUUCGAUGUAAAUAACGAUCGUAUCCAUGUUUCGAAACAGAUCAAUUGCUGCGCAGAUUUUACGCCAGCUUACGUCAGAUUCACGGUAUUUUUUACGUUCUUAUACUCCACGCACGCUAAUUGUUUGACACUGGCGUCGCAACGUCGUAGGACGCGUCUUCGUAAACAAAUAUUAUUCCCCGAUGCAUUCAUAAAAUACGGUGUACACUGUCGCGCAUUGUACGCUAUCAUCGCUAUCUCAUCUCCAGUCAACGACAAAUGUAAAUGGACCCGGCAUGGCAGCAUCGUUACUUGAACUUGAAGAAAUGCACACAUGGCGCGCUACCAUCAGCCGACUUGAGGUUCGGUUUCGGAUUUUUAGUUUGCUCCGGUAUGCUGGGUGCACGGGACGACGCCGCGAGAUGCUUCAUGGUUCAUUUUCGCUAUAAUUUAGAAAAGGUUAUUUAAAAAUGGCGGAUACAUCGUCCUCUCACACUACCUCAGACUAUUGCAACGAAUGUUUUUCCGAUAUCUCGUCUGAAAACUCGUGGUUGGAAUGCGCCGUUGUUGGCCAAAAGCCUUGCUCGCUUCAUCGACGAAGCAAGAAGAAUAUAUUGCAGAAACUGUUCAAUCGAGAGAUCAGGGGAUGUUUGUCUGCCCACAGUUAUGCCUCUGAGGAAAAAUUAUUUAUGUCCAUACCGUCAUGGAGACAUUUGUCAUUGACACAUGUUUUUCCAAAAUCAGCCCUAGCUGCCGGGCAUAUCGUUAUGGGACUGACGCAGUGUGGGCAAUUCAUAUUGACAUAUACAUACAAUAUUGAAGUUGUUGGAUAUGGUUCGUCAUAUAAGUAUUUGCUACACUGGUGGUCGUUCAUCCCGAAUCAUUUUGCUAGAAAAGUAGCUGAAGUAACACUUUUUGGGAACUAUACUAUACACAGGGACCUUAAUAUCGUAAUCUCCCAAUGGCCUACAGAAAGGAAUAAGCUGGUUGUACAUGGUGUAUGUUACUUUCUUCUCAGCAUUGAUUCAAUGCGCCUGCAGCCAACAGAUAGAGCUUAUCUUACUAUAACGACGGUACCUUCCCUUCAAAAUUGCAAGGAUUGUUUAAAAGUAGCGGCAUCUUAUGAAGAAGAAGAUUUGGGCAGUAACUGGGACGGAUGCAUGCGAUGCAGUUGUUUGUUGCAUGGCCUUACAGUUCACACAACUUACGAGGUCAUUUCGCCAUAUCCAAGGUUUCGAGCUGCAGUGUGUUUGAAAUACUGGAAUCACGUUGUUGUUAAUACGGGAAACUUUUUACAUGUGCUCAGAGUAGAUUUGUAUACUGCUAAAUCUAAAUUUCAGAAGAACAGUGAAAGAAAUGACUCAGUAGUCGUGGAUACGGUUCCAUUAGACGCUAGUGACGUUGAAGAAUUAGAUGAAUCUAAAACUGAGUGUUCGGAUAGUUCCGAAGAGAAAAUUGGUAUGUUAGAUAAUAUAACUGUUGACCAAUUUUCAAAAUGUGAAUCCACAAUAGGUUCUCCUUUCACAGACGAUAUAAAUAGAUAUGAAGAACAAUACUGUAGUGAAAUACGUGUCAAUACCUCAAGCAGUAAUCAAAGUGACUGUAUCUGUGAUAUCAUCAGGCCUAGUGUUAAUAUAAGUGGAAAAGGAUGCGAGUGCUUAAAUGGAAACGAGUGCAAGUGUGAAAGUAACAGUUCUACCUCCAGAUCAGAGUUGGCAAUAUCUGUUAGAGACAAAAUAUUACAGGAUUUUUGCGAGGAUAUGUCUCAAGAGUUGAAUAUUGGAAGUGAUUUGAUUACUCUGGUUAAACAUCCUUCAUGCUCUCCAAUGUCGCCACCUCAGCGACUUCCCUCCGAUCAUCGACAUUUGACCUGGUCGUCCGCGAUGCUCAAUCCACCGUCGGAUAUUCUAAGGACACGCAAUUCGGAUUCUAGUCAUAAACUGCCUCGUACUCAACGCCCCAGCUCUCCGCAGCCUAGCGUCUCUCAGGAUAGCUCAAGCGUCAGUAUAACUUCGUUGAACUCUCCUCUUCACACGCUUUCUAUAAGCCCAACAUCAUCGUGUUCGUCACGUUUGAUGUCUUCUCCGACGACACGAUGGUUCCGCCAUUUAAGCCCCCGAAAAAGGGCAAAUCUGCAAUCCCCACCACCAAUUCUACCUCCCACACCACCUAGACCACGACCGACGCAUAAACUUACUCUGGAAGCUGAAAAAGCUUAUGAAUUUACAGACGAAGCACAUGAAACAUGUGAAAAAUUGAGCUCAUUUAGAAAGCGUCGUCUGGCUGACAAAAAGUAUGAGUUCUGUGAUGAGGCUGAAGAUGCAGAAAAUAUUGUUCCUUUCAAACAUCUUAGGGACCAAUCAAAGCAUCGCACAUGCUCCAUACACCAACUGACAUCACCUGUGACCUCUCCUGUAUUACCAAAUACCAGGCGGCGUAGAAUUGAUUCUGAUCACAGCGAUGUUAGUGAAUUUAAUUCCAUUCAGGAUAUUACUUCACUAUCUGAUUUCCAGAGUAUUGAGACAGCUGAAAAAUACGUUCUGCGACCAUUAAAUCAAAAUCAACUGUCGUACUCUGCUGCCCAUCGAGACAAGACAAAUAAGAUAUGUGCAAAUGUAUCGCCGUUGGUUCCUAAAGUCACAUUUCAGUAUCCAACUGUAAAAUGUACGGCACACUUCAAACGCAGCUACAUAGAACUUGAUGAUGAAAUGGUCUCUGUUAUCACAGAUGUAGAAGACGAUGAAACUGGAGGGUACGUAAGCUAUCAGUGUGUACUUCCAAUGAAUGUACAUGGAUCUGGAUAUACUCAAAUGCAGAUGAUAAACAAUAGUAAAGCUGAAAAGAUGCCGGUACCACAUGUAUUGGUAAAUCAGUUGAGUUUUGAUAUUGAAACGUUCUCUCAUCACAUAGCAGAUUGGCUCUGUACGAGAUUUGGUAAAAGGUACUGGCACUGUAGCGAUUACGACAUUGAAAUUAUUGAUGUUUGUGCAUUGAGUGGAGACGUGAUUUGUCUUCUUAUAAUGAAAAUCGAAGCUAGCGAGCUUAGUAGUCAGUCUCAGUGCUACCAAGAAAGAAAGCAAUAUGAAGUUGGCUGUAAAUUUACAUGGAAUAUUGAUUCGAAUCAAUAUCGAAUCACGAACGUCCUUCCAUUGAUAGAGACAAAGUCAAAACUGCACAAACGCUACAUCUGGAACCCGACAAAGUUGAUGGCUUCACAAAUGCGUGAAAAGAUGCAACAACCGUAUGCUCACACUGUUCGAUUUCUUCAGAAUGUAAUGGCGUUUGCAGGGGAAUCCAUUACGAGGCUUCAUGAUUUCGACAACCUUGUAGAAUUAUUUAUUACACCCUUACCUGACUCUCCAACGAUAUGUAUCAUCAUUUUCAGGAACUUAUUGCCUCGGCACACAAGUUUGAGCACAUAGUCAAGAGAGUCUUGCAUUACACAUGAAGGUAGGUUAAAAUUAAGCUAUUAAAUAUCCUUGUAUUAAGUGAUGAUUAAUUUUAUUUAGAUUUUAAGACAUUGAUUCUACUAAACAAGUUGAAUAGUCGACAAUGAUAAUUGUUCGAGUUUGCAUAAUUUUAGGUAUAAAUUGUCACGAGAUAUCUAUCCAAACAAUUUCAUGACAGAAUUCGUAGAUAUUUGAUUAAUAUCACACUAAAAUUUAAUGUAUCCGCUUAACAAAAUAUGUAUUCCAUUCUAAUAUAAGAAAUAUUAGACAUAGAGAUUUUACAUGAUUUUCAUGCGUAACUAACAAUAGGCAAAUUCAUUUUAUCAUAUCUAAUUAAGUGAUUUUUUGACAAAUAGUAGAUGGUAUAUCCAAGGCGGCACAAUAGGUCUCUUAACACCGAGCAUAAGUUUACAAUAUGAGUGACAGGCAAGCGUGUGCAUGUAUUUUGCCUCCAUGGUGCAGUCGACACUUUAUGUAACAAAAGUGUGGUUUACAAGUUUUUCCUUCAUAGCGGCGUACAUAAAAGAGCUCUGUUAAGUGCUAGGACGUAAAAGUGUAUUUUUGCAUACUCCGAUGCUCUUUUUUCAUACUGUCGGUAAAACGAGUACUUUAAGUA